CUUGAAUUCUUUCAUUUUCAAGUUAGAAGUCCACUCUACCAGACGAGCUAUCGUCAAGUUGUGUGACGACAAGAAAGGGCUGAAGGCAGGCUAGCCAUAAUGGUAAAAGAGACAAAACUUUAUGACAUUCUUGGAGUAUCACCUACUUCAACUCCAGAAGAAAUUAAAAAAGCAUAUCGUAAGUUAGCUUUAAAAUAUCAUCCUGAUAAAAAUCCUGAUGAGCCUGAAAAAUUUAAAGAAAUUUCUGCCGCAUUUGAAGUUUUAAGUGAUGAAAAGAAAAGAUCAGUCUAUGAUAAGUAUGGGGAUGAAGGUUUAAAGGAAAGUGGAGGAGGUGAAUUUCAUUCUCCAUUUGAUAUCUUUGACAUGUUCUUUGGUGGCGGUGGCAGACGAAGAAAACCUGGUGAAAAGGCCAAAGGUCGAGACACAGUGCAUCAACUAAAAGUAAGUUUAGAGGAGUUAUAUAAUGGUGCAACACGUCAACUUGCUUUGCAAAAAAAUGUCAUAUGUAGUGGAUGUAAUGGCAUUGGUGGAAAAGAAGGAUCUGUACAAAAGUGUGAAAAUUGUAAUGGAAGUGGUGUUGAAGUUAAACUAAGACAAAUUGGUCCUGGUAUGGUUCAACAAAUUCAACAGCCUUGUCGAGAGUGCCAUCAAACUGGUGAAAAAAUACGAGAAAAAGAUAAAUGUAAAAAAUGUCAUGGUAAGAAGGUAAAUAAAGAGCGAAAAAUAUUGGAGUGCAAAGUUGAGAAGGGAAUGAAGGAUGGCCAAAAAAUAGUAUUCUCGGAGGAAGGUGACCAAGCACCAGACAUUGAACCCGGAGACAUAGUUAUUAUUCUUGAUGAAAAAGACCACGAUGUUUUUAAAAGGAAUAAGCAUGAUCUGCACAUGACCAUGGAAAUUGAAUUAGCUGAUGCAUUAUGUGGUUUUUCUAGAACAAUUACUACGUUAGAUAAGCGAGAGUUGCUUAUAACCUCCAAUCCAGGAGAAGUAAUUCGACCCGGCGAGCUUAAAUGUGUUAUGGAUGAAGGCAUGCCUGUGUAUAGAACAAUACAGAAAGGCAGACUUGUUAUUGAUUUUAAAAUUAAUUUUCCGAAAGAUAAAUGGUUAAAUAAUGACAAAAUUCCAAAGCUUGAAAAGCUAUUGCCUCCACGUGAGAAAUAUGUUGCUGCUGACUUAUCUGAAGAAGUGCAUUUAUCAAAAAUUGAAGAUGUGCCACCAAGUUACCAUGGUGGGUCCUAUGAUGAUGACGAUGAUGAUGACAGACAUGGACAAGGAGUACAAUGUCAAACAUCUUAAUGUUGUAUAAGAUAUUUAUUUCAAAUACGGUCAGUAGUUACCUUGUCAAAACGUUUUAAUCUUUAAGAUUAAUGCCAUUUAAGCUUUGUGCGUUUUGUUUUUAGCUUUAUUUUAAAUAUUUUAGGUGACGAUAAAAAUAUACAUGUCAUGCUCAUGCUCUCUAAAAAUCUCUUUUACAGUUAUUUUUUUAUUAUGGAAAAUCGGAACUCAGGAAAUACAUCAAAUUUUUAUAGAUAAAAUAAAUAGCUCGACGUUUGAA